AAGCUUACCAGGCGGUGAUUGGCCGUGGGGAGCGUGGGGCGGGGCGCAGGGCGCUGAGAGGUUCCGUGCUUCUCGGGUCGGGCCGCUUGUUUGGCUGCUGCCGUCACCUCAUGGCGACGCGGGUAGAGGAGGCAGCGCGGGGCAGAGGCGGCGGCGCCGAGGAGGCAGUUGAGGCCGGUCGGGGCGGGCGGCGACGCGGCCCGCGGCAUAAGUUUGAAAUUGGCACAAUGGAAGAAGCUGGAAUUUGUGGGCUAGGGGUGAAAGCAGCUGUGUUGUGUAACUCACAGUCAAAUAGUCUUCAACAUCAAGACUCAAAUUGUGGUGGGACAACUAAGAAGCAUUCAUUGGACGCGGAUGAAGGCAGUGACUUUGUAACAAGGAACAGGAGUUUGGUGGGCCCAGCCUGUUGCGCACCAGAGUCGAGAGAGGACAUUCCUGGGCGAGAAGCGCGGACAGAUCCCCCUGAUGGUCAGCAGGAUUCAGAGUGCAACAGGAACACAGAGAAAACCUUAGGAAAAGAAGUUUUAUUACUGAUGCAAGCCCUAAACACCCUUUCAACCCCAGAGGAGAAGCUGGCAGCUCUCUGUAAGAAAUAUGCUGAUCUUCUGGAGGAGAGCAGAGCUGUUCAGAAGCAGAUGAAGAUUCUGCAGAAGAAGCAAGCCCAGAUCGUGAAGGAGAAGGUCCACUUGCAAAGUGAACACAGCAAGGCCAUCUUGGCGAGAAGCAAGCUGGAAUCUCUGUGCAGGGAGCUGCAGCGCCACAACAAGAGCUUAAAGGAUGAAAAUGUGCAGCAGGCACGAGAGGAAGAAGAGCGGCGGAAAGAAGCAACUGCACAUUUCCAGAUAACCCUGAAUGAAAUCCAGGCGCAGCUGGAACAGCAUGACGCCCACAACGCCAAGCUCCGCCAGGAGAACAUCGAGCUGGGCGAAAAGCUGAAGAAGCUCAUCGAGCAGUACGCGCUCAGGGAAGAGCAUAUCGAUAAGGUUUUCAAGCACAAGGAACUGCAACAACAGCUCGUGGAUGCCAAACUGCAGCAGACGACACAGCUAAUAAAAGAGGCUGAUGAAAAGCAUCAGAGAGAGAGAGAGUUUUUAUUAAAAGAAGCAACAGAAUCAAGACACAAAUAUGAACAAAUGAAACAGCAAGAAGUACAACUAAAGCAGCAGCUUUCUCUUUAUAUGGAUAAGUUUGAAGAAUUCCAGACUACGAUGGCAAAAAGUAAUGAACUGUUCACAACCUUCAGGCAGGAAAUGGAAAAGAUGACAAAGAAAAUUAAAAAACUGGAAAAAGAAACAAUAAUAUGGCGUACCAAGUGGGAAAACAACAAUAAAGCACUUCUGCAAAUGGCCGAAGAGAAAACUGUCAGAGAUAAAGAAUACAAGGCCUUUCAGAUAAAACUGGACCGGUUAGAGAAGCUGUGCAGGGCUCUUCAGACGGAAAGGAACGAGCUGAACGAGAAGGUGGAGGUGCUGAAGGAGCGGGCCUCCGGCCGGGCGGCCGACGGGGACUUGGCCAUGCCCGCCAGGGGGCUGCGGCUGGAGGCCAGGCCGGGGGCGGGCAGCGCCGCACACCAGCCCCCCAGGCCGGCCCCUGGCGGGCCCGAGCCGGCCGACUAGCAGCCAGGCCCGGCCCGGAUGAAGAGCUCUAUUUUGUGUAUCACUUUCUCUGUUAGUAGUUUAACUAUUGGUUUUGUGGUGAAAAUUUUCUUACUUUUUCUACCAUAUCUGUAUUUUCUUAGAACUACUGGACUGAUGUGGUACAGGAGGCUGAUUAGCAGUUCUGCUGGAUAGUUUUAAUCACUUAUUUUCCUCAAGUUGUGUUGCACAGCCACCUCAUCUCUCCCUGGAAUGCAUGUACCCAUUGCCACGUCCUCCCUUUCUGCUCUGCGCGCUCACCAUAGGGCCAAUUAUCACAAGCGCAUUUUGUUCUAAUAAUGGUUCCUUUUUGGAAAAAUUAGAACAAAAUUAAACAUCUCAGCCCCAUUGGUACUACUUUAUAAAACAGAUUACUCUGCUUAACAGCCACUUAAAUGCCAAGUAAAAACGCUUGUGUUGGGUGAAGCAAGCAGAGCACGUGUGAUUCAGAUUAUCACUUGACAAACUGAGAUGGCUACAAGCCGUGACUCUCAAGUUUUGGCAGAAUAUGUGUACAGAGAUGUCACUUGUACAUGCAGACAAAGCACUGGACAAACAGGCUGGCUGCUGCUGCGACUCCACAUGG